AGCGAGGUGGGUGCGUGCAGCCGGCCAGCGCAGUAAGAGUCGUAGUCUCGAACGGUGGCGGCGUGCCCGGAGCGCGGCCGGGCUGGGAGACACGGCGCGCGGCGCAUCGCUCGGAACGCGCCGCGCGGCUGGCUCCCACGCUCGCGUUGCACGGCAACGCCGGGCGCACCCCUGGCCUGCCCAAAGUGGCAAGCUGGGCCCGCUGCCGCCGCCUGGAAGAGCCUGCCAGCACUGCGCCGUCGCUCUACCUUCCGCACCACAUUCUUUAGCCCUCACAGCCUCUCCCUGCCGCACCCAACCGCUCCGUCCUGCACCACCAAUCACGCCUUUGCCUGCACGGCCGUCUGUGCACGGCCCUCUUGCGCGCGCAUACCCUGCGCCGCCGACGCAUCUUCUCACCUGCCAUCGGGCACUCGUCGCUCUCGCUCUGCCGAGCAUGGCAAGCACAAGCGGCACGAGUGGCGCGAGCGGCACGCCUUCCACGUCGACGCCGCGGCGCACGCAGGUAGUCAGUGCAAGUAGCCAGGCGCCAGCCAAGAGCUGGCCUGCCAACGCGGGCACGCACGAGUGGCCAGCGGCGCAGCAGGAGCGUCUGGUGCAGGAGCUGGCCAAGUGUGCCUCGUCCUCCGGACUCAUUCUCAAGUGGCUGGCCGGCCGUGGCAGCAGCAGCGGCGGCUGGAUCCUGCGCAAGCAGCAGCAGAUUGCCACAGCCUUCCAUCCGGAGCUGGCCGUUGAGCAUCUGCGUGCGCAGGUCAUCUCCAUGCGCGAGACGCACCACGCAGUGCUCGAGCGGCUCUCCAUCAAUGCGCGUGCGCCGACCAAGGAGUGGAAACACGGCGCUUCAGACCACCGCGUGCUCAGGUCCGAGAUGGACACGCAGGGCUGCGCGUGGUGGACCGCCUGGCACAACAAGCUCUACGUGCCCUCGCUGCAGCUGGACAAGUCCGCCAGCGACGACUCCUUCUCGGGCUCGCAAGUCGGCGCCUCUUCCGACAAAGACAUGACCGACGCUCUCUCCUUCGACGAGUUUCUCAUCACGCAUUCAAGCAUGGCUGGCGCUUCCACCUCGGUCCGUGAAGAAGGAGCGCCGCUACAGAAGGGCGCGGAGCAAGGCACGCCCAUCACUCCGAGCCGCAGUGACCGCUCGGACCGUUCAUCGCGCCGCAUCAAGACGUCUCCUUACAUCAAGGCCUCGCUGCAGGUCUCCAAGAAGCGCCUCGAGCAGCUCGAGGCCAACGUGGCCGCACUGCAGCAGCCGGCAGAGCGUGCGCCUCUGUCGCACGAGCGCGAGCUGCGCCACAGCGAAAUGGAGAAGGUUGCGAGCGGGGCGCGCGCGAGUGAGGUGAAGAAGCAAGGUACGCAGUACGAGGAGCUCAAGACGGCGAUGGAGCAGCUCAAGAUCGAGUUCAAGACCGCGCUCGAACUGCGUGACGCUCAGUACGAGGCGAAGAUCCAGCAGCGCGAGGCAGAGAUCAAGGCAGCCGUCGAUCGCCGUGAUGCCGAGUACCAGACCGCGCUCGAGCAGCGUGACGCAGAGCUCAAGACGACGCUGCUCCAGCUUCAGCACGCCCAGCAGCGCGAGCAAACUAGCCGCGACGAGGCAGACAAGCUCCACGAGGCUACACGUGUGCUACUGCACGAGUUCAAGGCGGCGUUCGAGGCGCACGAGCAGAAGCUUGCCGCUCUCGAAGAGAAGCACGGUGUUCUCGACAAGGCCAUAAGUCGCUGCGAUUCAACGGAGGAGCAGCUGCUCGCGGAGAUGAAGAAGCUUCAGCUUAUCGACUCGACACGGCGCGCGCUGCAGCAGUCCGUCCUCUCGCAGCAAGAGAAGAUUUGCUGCAGCAGGCCUCGCUCACCGACCACGGCCAGCAGCUGUCUCAGCGCCAGCAUGCUCUCGAGCAGCAGUUCGGCGGGCUGCCUGCGUACAUCGAGCAGCGCCUCACGGCCGUGCAGCAGCAGCUGCAGGCCCAGAGCGCCUCGCUGCAGCUGGCGGCCGAGUCGGCCUGCGACCGGCUGCGCGUGCACCUGAGCGGCGAGCUCAACAUGCAGAUGGAGAACUACGUCGCGACCGCUCCGUCGCUCGUGGAGAUGCAAGACAAGGCCGAGCUGGCAGCGCAGCGGAUGCAAGGUCUCGAGGCGAUCGUGCAGAACACCUCCGGCCGGCUGUUCAACAGCAUCCACCGCAUCGACGAGAGUGUCAAGCUCCUCGACGCCACGCU